AUGAGCUCCUUGAACGACGUCGCAGGCCCCCAGCAGAGGCAAUUCAACCCAUACACCGAGAAUGGAGGCACUAUUCUGGCCAUUGCGGGCACAGACUUCAGCGUGAUCGCUGGAGACACGCGUCAGUCUGAAGGAUAUAACAUUCAAACGCGAUAUGCACCAAAGGUGUUCCGAUUAACCGACCGCGCAGUGCUAGCUGUGAACGGUUUCGCGGCGGAUGGGAACAUGUUCGUGAAGAAAGUGAAGCAGCGGCUAGAGUGGUACCGCCAUGCACAUGCCAAGGACAUGCCCCUACAUGCCAUCGCCCGCCUUAUUCAAACAAUGCUCUACGCCCGCAGAUUUUUCCCCUACUACGUCUAUAAUAUCCUCGGGGGUAUUGAGGAUGACGGCUCGGGCGCCGUGUACUCCUUCGACCCCGUCGGCUCCUACGAGCGGGAAACAUGUCGAGCCGCUGGUGCAGCGCAGUCGCUGGUGCAGCCGUUCUUAGACAACCAGAUAUAUUUUAAGAAUCAGCAGCCUGCUCCUGGGACGUCUUUCCCUGCUCACCUACCCCUUCCCAUCGUUCUUAAGCUGGUAAUCGACUCCUUCACGGGAGCGACGGAGCGCCAUAUUGAGGUCGGUGAUGGCUUGGAGAUGUAUGUCGUGUUAGCCAAGGGGCGUGAUCUCAGCGGGCUGGAGGGCAUCGUUGGCCUGCAGGAGCUCUCGACAAAAUCGGACGGCGAACGGAUUUUCGUCAUUAGGAGAGAACUUAAGAAGGAUUAA